AUGGCUCUGAGCCAUAACCAACACAGAGUCAUAGAUCUCACCAUCGAGUCGGACGAAGAUGAAGAAGCGACUUUGAUCCCGCUGCCCGGUGCACGACCACAGCCGAGCGCCGCUCGCGUGCUGUUUCCUCCCACUGUAUCGAGACCAGCGACAACGCCUGUCACGACUGCACGAAGCCAUCCAGCCAUUCGUCGACCCGAUAUCUGGCACGAUUCCUCUCAAUCGACUCGAACUCUGCUAAACAUAUCACACACAAACAGAGUCACACAUGCUGAAGGUAUGGCUCUGUCGCCCAAGCCGAUGGGCGCCGGCAGCGUCAUACGCAGUAAUGUACCCAUGGCCGACGACCCUAGCCCUGCCUUUAACAGCGCCAACACCGGGGAUGCCGAGUUUGAUUCUUCAGGGAGGGCGACUAAGAGAAUGAAAUUCUCAAGGACAGAGGCUUACUCCGUUCCACACUCUCCGCGACCACGAGAUGAUAUAUCCGACACUUCUGGCGGUGUAUCAACAUCACCAGCCUAUACAUCAGGGCGAGCAGUCAGGGACGCAACUCGGCUCCAACAGUUUACGGAGCCAGUGGGAGUAACACAGCCUGAGCCUCUACCACCCAACAGCAGCCAUAAGUUUCCCUCUGUCCGAGCCAUCAAUCAAGCUCUGAAAAGCACUAGCGCCAGAGUGCCACUCCUUGGCCAAAUUUCUGCAAAUACUGCACGUGCGUUUCCGAUCGAACGAUUACCUCAAACAACUGGGAAUGUUUGCUCGACCAGCCUAGGGCCGUCUGUGUCUUCGCAUGUUCACUCUGAGCGACCACAAGUCCUAUCACUCCGAAAUGGCACAGGACAAUUCGACCAUAAUUCGAGAGCAUCUAGGGCACAGCCAAGCCCAAUAUUUACGCAGAAGCAGGCCGAGAUUCCUGAAAGUUCUUCAGCCCAUAGCACCGGCGAAUCCCCGUCAUUGCAAUCCCCACGCCUUUCUGGAGACGGGACUGCUGCAAGAGAUUUGAACAAUAGCCCAGACGCAGUAACAACGAACCCCAGUCCUCAAUCUUCCUUCAAGCGAGCAAAAUUCACAAACCAAUUCUCGGAGGAGCAGGAUCACUUUUUGAUAUUUCUCAAAGAAGUGAAAGCCUACACAUGGAAGAGGAUUACGGCUGAGUACAAUGCGAUAUUCGGUGUACGCGCGUAUCAUACUCUCCAAUCGCGCUACUCAACUGUGCUAAACAAGCGCGAUCGAUCACAGGAUCCUCCCAUACUUUCUCUACCUCCUCAAUUUGCUUCAGAGGCGAAAGUUGACUGGGAGACUAUUCGUUCAGUCAACCGUGGACCGAGAGCUUCAAUUGAUGCUCGAGGCCUCUACGGAGCUGCGGCGCCUACGAAAUUUGCGGUUCGACAACGCCGACGUGAAAAUGCACCCUCACAAGGUCUAAGUCGGCAGACAAACGAUCAUGACUAUUCGUCAGGAGGAGACUCCGCGUGCCGCAGAGAAAGGCCCAGUCGAGCUGCGCGAGUCAACUACACGUUGCCAAGACAACAUCGCAGAGGUGACGAUAAUUUAGAUGAUGCCACCGACAAGGACUUUGCUUUGCCAGACGACGGGAGCGGGGAAUCUUCAGCAGCUGUUGAAAAUGAAGAAGACCUAUCGGGAGAGGUCGCGUGGAACGCAAGCUUGGUAAAUGUGGGAUUCGAGACCGCUGAUGCGAGCCUCGCAUUGUCCUUGACUAACGGAUUGCAUCAACCUCCGCUCAAGAAGUUCCCAUAUCUGAGUGUCACGCAAUUAGCAGCUUUACAAAAUGUUGCUCUGGAAUCGAUCCAGCAUUUGUCACAUAAGCAGUCUCUACAGAGUUGUGCAUGGCACAUUGAUUUCAGUCCGAGCGAGAUUGAUACAGUAGAGAGAGCGAUCCUGAAAGUGAACGGAGCGUGGCCGGAGUCGAGACACAGCACCAGAAGGAGACAAUUGCGAGAGGUUCUGAAGGGAUUUACAGAGGCAAAAUUACUGCAGCUGUCACAUGAGCUCUGUCGAACGCUUCGGACACGUGACGAAGACAGCAUCCGAGCGUUUUUAAAAGACGCGAAGGCUGGUGGAAUUACGCUCACUCCACGGAUACACCGACUUGCGGCGUCACGGCCUGAUGAUAGGUGGAUUACACGGCGGUCCAUCUCCUCUGCAUCAAUCAUUCGAGAGCGAGAAUUGGGUCGGCAGUCUGCUAGGGGUUGGCGAGCAGCGUCCAAGCCCUUGACUUACCAAGUGAAAAAUAAAGUGAUGGAUACGUUCGGGACCGCAACUUCUUGGACCGGUGCAUCUGGCGACAUACACGCUAUAGCUUGGGCUCCGAAUGGUGAGUUUUUUGCAGCCGCAGCCGUUGCAGUCGACGACCCCCAUUCCAUGCAGUACAACAAGAAUAACAACCUUCUUUUUGGCAAAUGCUCGUCGAACACCCUACACGAGCUAGGCGAACAUUGUCGGGAGCGGGAGAUGACGGAGCAGGGGCCCAACUCUACGCAUGCCAUGUUUGCGUCACAAGAUCCAAGAAUCUACAGCACGGUCAGUUCGCUAGGCUUCUCAAAGUCAAAGUCUGGGAACAAUUUGUUGUAUUCGGCAGGGUACGAUGGGUCCAUAUGUGUCUGGCAUACCGAUAAGGAGGACCCACAGCCGAUACUGGGAGCUAAGCUUAACGUAAAGGCACCUGUUGACAUGAUCGCCGUCAACCCCGUCCAUGACGGGGUUGUAGCUGUGGCGGUCAAACAGGCUAGCAGCAAGGCUGUCAGACUCCUUCGGAUAAACGAAGAGGACCCCAACGACUUUGAAAGACACAAUCUGCACUCGCCCAAGGCGGUGGCACGUCCAGAGAUGAACAUACUGCCCACUGCCAUUCAAUUCGAGCCUCGUUUCGGCAAUAUGCUACUUGCAGGAUUCGGCGCCAACAUCCGCGACUCGGGAUUCGACACGACGGGAGAUCUGUGUCUCUGGGAUGUGGAGACUGUUCAGCCACGGGGCGUGUACGGUCGAGCACGGAACGUGUACGGAGCCAGUCUCAACAUCUUUGACGUGGAGUUCAACCCAAAUCCUUCAAUCAUGCCUUCGUUUGCAAUUGGAUGCGUGGCAACAGGUAAUGUCAGUCGCGGCAUGAGAUCCGCUAUCCGACUAUAUGAUGAGAGAGAAGACGGCAGGUAUAGCUGUGCCGCAGAAAUUGAAUGUAUGGCUCUGGAUAUGAACGACGUUGUGUGGUGUCCUUACGACGAGUGCCUCGUCGCCGUCGGUUGUACUGACGGGAAAAGCUACAUAUGGGAUAUCCGAAAUCGGGUGGAGCCUUUGCAUGUCCUGGCUCACGGUAAAUCGGUGAUGCCCCUACAAGAAGGGAUCAGGCAUGAAAUUACGGACACGGGCGUCCGUUUUCUUUCAUGGGGUGAGAACGCCACCAGACUCUACUCCGGCUCUUCGGAUGGCGUGGUCAAAGUAUGGGACGUCACACGCUCCAAGGAGGAUGCGUUUAUCAAGGAAAUCUUCAAGGCAGACUCGGGCAUCAUGGCUGGUGCUUUCAGUCCAGACUAUAGCAAGCUCGUCAUCGGGGAAGUGAACGGAUCCGUCAACGUCCUUGAAGUCGGCCGAGAUGACUGUUCUCCCGAAGACGGAGCACAACUACGAUAUGUGCCUUACCAGUAUGGCAACGACAAGGACUCUGGUGACCCGCAUUUUGAUACGGCUGCGGAUUCUGGAAUCGCCGAGGGUCGCCAUUUGUUAAGCACAGGAGAGGUUCAAGUCAUGCCCAUGGGCAGCCUGCCCAUCCGUCAAGCCGUCCAAGGACCAGCCUACCACGGACCUUACGACCAAAGCGCAGAAGCCCCUACCCUCCGCCAGCAAGCCCUGACAUUUCAACAAAACUUGGCUCUUGCCCCCGGUCCCCAGUGUUCCCUCCCAGCCUGCAAACACAACAUCAACAAGACCACCAACGAGGAUAUUGGCGACUCAGGCCGCAGCCUAGACCGUAUCCCCGACUCCUUGACAAGCGCCUGGUUGUCUUCGGAGCGCGCCUGCAUCGUGCCUGGGAAAACAAAAUGCACGCGCUGCGGCCGUCCUGCCCGUCCUGAAUGGGAUAGCAAGGCGAAGCGGGAUCCCACGGUCUUGUGUGAGCACUGCUGCUUUGCCUGUUUCCGUUGCGGCGCCGCCACUACAGUCGUCCACGGCGCCACGACGCUCUGCUGCGCCGUUUGCGCUGCGUCCUGGGAGUUUGGUACCUUGGGCUACGAAGUGGUGCAGCAGCCGCGGUCGGACGUUGUGCAAGCGGCGCUGGACGUUCCGCCGCUCAAUGGGUUUGCGCGUGCUGCGUUUUUGGAUCGGAUGGAGGAGGGGGAGAGUUUUUUUGGAGACGAGAUGAAUGCGUUGACGGAUUAUUAUUUUUCGCUGGCUUUGGAUCGGCCGGAGAGUCCGCCGCUGUGA